AUGGAUAUACAAAACCAAUACCUGGACACGGAAAUAUUGGAUUCAUUGAAAAAAGUUCAUUUAUUUACUGGAAAAGAAAAUCAAAAUAAAUUUAGCAAUUUAGACACAGUUAUUACUGAAGGUGGUGGUAAUUUAUCUCAUGGUGAAAGACAAUUAGUUUGUUUGGCAAGAUCAUUAUUAAGGAAUACGAAAAUCAUUUUGUUAGAUGAAGCAAUCUCCUCAAUUGACUACAAUACAGAUUACAUACUCUAACAAAGUUUAAGAGAACACUUUAAUAAUCUGAACAUUUUAACUAUUGCUCAUAGACUUAGAACUAUCAUUGAUUAUGAUAAAAUUUUAGUCUUGGAUGCUGGUAAAGUAGUAGAGUAUGAUAAUCCAUAUGUAUUAAUUACAAACACGGAUUCAUUAUUUUACAGAAUGUGUGAAAAUAGUAGUGAAUUGGAAAGUUUGAUUAAAUUAGCAAAAGAAGCUUAUGUGUAG